GUUUGCUCUGCCUGUCGCUCGGUGCUCUUCGGUGUGUGUGUGGUCGGGUCACUAUCUCCAUCCCUGCUCGCCGGUAGCAGCCGUCGCCUUCACGCCGUCACCUCCGCUGUGAUUGGAGGGGGAGUCUAGCAGCGGAGCAUCCUUCUGUUCUCCUCCAUAAACAUGUUUCGAAACCCAUGGAUCUCUAGUUACCAUGUGAACCAUGAGCAGCCAUGUGGCCAAGAAUUAGGAUCCACUGCUCGAAGCAAGCUUUGCAGCUCAGCCUCUUUGCCAACAGAGACCUUGAGCUUUCAGAGUGACUUCUCCUUGGAGGAAAAGACCGCCCUGGUCAAGAGCAUUUCCGAUACAGAUGCCAAACUUCUGUUUGUCCUCCCCAAGGUUUCAGAGUUGAAGAAGUACUUCGAGGGACCUGGCACGGAAGAUUUGGGAAUGAACAGGAAGGACAGGAUAGCCCGGCGUCUGGAGGGGAUAGAGAGUGAUGCCCCGCCUGCGCUGGUGCCCGGUGGUUUGUUAGCCAACAGAAUGCUGGAGGAGGAUCCUCCGCGGUACACCCGCGCCUCAGAUCCCUGUGAGCCUUGUGUGAUGGUGAGGCGCUACAGUCGAGAGGAGCUGGAGGCCCCCCAGAAGCAGCUUUCAUCUCAGGACAGAUCCCCUCAGAUCAAAGGUGGAGUUGGCAGCAGCCGCCCGGAGCCGAUGUUGGUGUACGUUGACCCAGUAUCGUUAUCCACCUCUUCUACACCCACAUCUGGACCCGCUGACCCCACCAGCCUCAGCUCCAAGGCCGAACGCAUAGCUCGCUACAAAGCCGAGCGCCGCCGCCAGCUUUCAGAGCGGUAUGGCAUUCUCCUGGAUCAGGAGCCCGACAUCGAUUUCACGCCUCGCCACCGAUCCCGCCGUGACACGGACACCACUGACCGGCAAACAGCUGCAAGACGAGAAAGAGACAGACAGGAAGCUGAGGAACAAGGACGAGAUCCCAGGGUGCCAUACCGCUCUGGGGUGGGCAGGGUUUACAUGAGGACUCAGCCCGACCCCACCCCUGUUUCCAAAUCCAGCCCCGCCUACUCAAACCAAGCCCCUCCCCAGACACAGGAAAGGCAGCGGAGGUUUUCUGAUCGGGAGAGGGCGAUGAACAUGGAGAAUUACCGGCGUGGCGGGGCUAAAGAGCGCUCGAUCGCUCCUUUAACAAGAACCCAGGAGCAGCACUCCCACCACCACCAGGACCCCGCCCACCAGGAGCCAAGCCCCGCCUCUAGCCGGGAUUACAGCAUCGCGGCGGUGCCCAGCUCCCCUCGCACCGCCCGUCGGGCCUCCCUGCCCUCCACCCGCUAUGGCAUCUCACCUGGGGAUUUAUUCAUAGAGCAGCAGGCCCAGAGCAUCCUCAACAGGCAGGGCGAGACUACUAAAGUGGAUUUGUCAGCAGUGGAGGUAGAGCCGCCUAUUGUCGCAGAUCGGGAAAGAGGUGCUCGGAAACCUCGACGCUACAUCACUCCAGGAGACAGUCGCAUGUCGGAGAGGUUUAGGACCCAGCCCAUCACCUCUGCAGAGCGGCUGGAGUCAGAUAGGUCUCGUCUCAGCCCUUCCCAGCUACAAGAUGCAGAAGAUGGAGUACUGGAUGACAGAGCCAAGAUGAGUGUGGCGGCCAAGAGGUCUCUCUUCAGGGAGCUGGAAAGGACAUCAGAUGUUCCCAAACCGCGCUCCCGAAACGCUGCUGUGGAGCGCCGCCUGAGGAGGGUUCAGGAUCGGUCGCACACACAACCCGUCACCAACAAGGAAGUGGUCAAUGCUUCAAGUGAUCCCGCCACAUCGUCACAACCUCUGACCCACGCUAAUGCCGCCCGCGUCCCCAGCCCCACUGCAGUCUGCACCAGUGUGACCAGCAUCAGCGUCCAGGCCUCCGCCCAGCCCAGUUCAGCGGUCCAGGAUCAGGGUCCGGAGCCCCAGGAGCCCCAGGAGAACCAGAAACCAGCUACCGGUGCCGGUGCCGGUGCCGGUGCGGAGGCUGAUGUUCAGGAGUUUUUCUCCGAUGAGCCGGACCUGUCCACGCUCACCUUGGCCGAGAAAAUGGCCCUCUUCAAUCGCCUCGCUCAGCACACAGGCAAGAGCCCAGAGGGGGCCCGAGGGGACACCCGCCAGCGCAGGGCCAAUGCGCGGUUUCAGACUCAACCCAUCACCCAGGGAGAGGUGGAUCAGGAAGCUGAGCCUCCAGUAACCUCUGAGGCGUGUAACGGUGACUUAAAGACCAGUCACGGAGAACAUCUGAAAAACGGAGGUGAGAUAAAACUGGAGCCUCUGUCUGCCUCCCUGAUCCGCUCCGUGGCAGCUGUCACCUCCCAAGCCUCCGUCGCCACAGCAACCGGCAGCGGCGACGAUGACAACCUCCGUCCAGGGAAGUCGACCGCCGUCCCUUACAUCCCUGCCCAACAACAGGCUGCCUGCAACACCGGCAGCCACCAGGAGAGGGCGUUGAGGUAUUUCUCCAUGACCCAGAGCGGGGACCCCGGCCACCCCGAGCCUGAGCUCAACGCCUCCCCUCUCCUCCCUGAGAGCCGACAGCGAGUGGGGGCUCCUCUGGCUCCCACAGCCUCUGUCAGUCACAGGGAGGCGGUGGAGGAGGAGGUUAGUGGGAGGCAGCAGGGAGGAGCCAGAGAAGACGGCAGCAUUAAGGGAAAGCAGCAGCAUCCUCAGCCUCACUCUUCAGACUCCUCUUUGUGGAGGGGAGAGUCAGAGCCCCUGUCCAGCCGGAGAGCCGCAGACGGACACUCCCAGGAGAGCAGGGAGAGAGCGGAGGGGGGAGGAAGAGGAAGAGGAGGGUACCUGAGAGAGGCAGCUCACGGCUCCUCCAGACAGGAGCAGGAGAGGAGCGGCGGUCGGAGCCAGCCAGGCAUCUCAGAUUUGCCGGAUCAUCCCGCUCCGCUGAAGCCACUGAUCGCUAAAGUGUCCUCCAGGACAGUGUCUCACGUUUCAAGCAGCCAGCAGCAAACCCAGCCUCCUCCAACGCUUCCUAAAAGCUUUGCACAGCAGCCUCCUCCAACACCCCCCAAACCUGCUGUCACCAUCCCCCCGCAGCCGUUCUCCCAGCCCCCGCCGACGCUCCCCAAAACCUUCACACAGUCCCCGCAAACGCAACCCAAACCUCCGGGAUUCGUCCAGCCUCUCCCCAAGCCGUACCCGCAGACAGCCACCAAACCCCAGGUGCCUCCACAGACACCCCCCAAACCCCAGUCCUUCCCCCAGGCGCUGGUCAAGUCGCAGUCCCUCCCUCUGGACCACAGCGACGACUUCAUCCGGCACAGUGACGACUCCGGAGAUCUGCUGUCCCCCACUGGGUCCGGAGAGCUGCUUUCUGACAGCAUGUCCGCCAAACAGAUGUCCAUCAAGGAGAGAGUGGCACUGCUGAAGAAGAGUGGUGAGGAUGACUGGAGGAACAGGAUCAACAAGAAGCAGGAAGUGGUUAAAGUGGCAGCCACCGAGCAACAGGCUCAGCUAUGGGAGUCAGAGCAGACGAGCGAGAAGAAGGAGGAAGGGGUGGUCGUUCAGGAAUACUCGGCUGUGUCUGUGUCUGAGCAGCUGUGGGAACCUGUCUUCUCUUCCACCUUUUCUCCUACUAUAUCCCUCGGUCAAAAGUGUCAGUAUAUUGACCACCAUAGUCAGAAGGUGGGAGAGGAGAUCGAGGCCAAGAUGUCCAUUGAGGAGAGAAAACAGAUGAUUUCUAUUCGAGAGGAUGCCUGGAAGACUAAGGGCAAAGGAGCAGCCAAUGACUCCACCCAGUACACCGUGGCUGCUCGUAUGGUCAAGAAAGGCCUGGCCGCCUCCUCCUCAGUUAUCAGUCCCAUCCUGUCACCGGUCGCCACCAAACUCAAGAGCAGCGUGCCAGCUGUCAACAAACCACAAGAGGAAAUUGAGGCCAGACCAGAAAUGGAAACGGAUAAGAAACUUGACAAGCUGGAGAGCUUCUUGGGACGUCUGAAUAGCAAAGUGGCUGGUCUGCAGGAGAGCACCAUCACCGUCACAGAGAAGGCAGUGAAAGAAGUGAUGAAAUUGGACGACGAAAUCUUCUCCAAGUUCUACAGACGCGUCGCCGAGUUUCCACGCAUGCCCACCAGGAUCGAAAUCCAUGACGACUUUGAUGCCAUCUUUGGUUCUCAGGGGCCAAAGUUGACGUCGGCCAUGGUGCAGCACAAGCGGUCGGUGCGUCCGUCCAGGAACGUGCAGGCGUCCAGAAACCCCGUGAAGAUGCUGGCGGCCAGACAGGACAUCAGACACGAGUACACGGAGCAGAGGCUGAACGUGGCUCAGCUGGAGAGCAAGAGGAUGAAGGCCGAGAAGAGUGAGCUUAAUAAAUCCUCUGAGUACUCCGAGGCUGCUCUGGCGGGUUUGGCCAGUAAAGAAAACUUCAGCAGCGUGAGUCUGCGCAGCGUCAACAUCUCCGAGCAGAUGUCCAACAACAGCGCCGUGCCGUACAAGAACCUCAUGCUGAUGCAGGUCAAAGGUCGUCGUCACAUUCAGACCAGAUUGGUGGAGCCAAGAGCGUCAUCGCUGAACAGCGGCGACUGCUUCCUGUUGGUCACUCCAGAUCACUGCUUCGUCUGGAUAGGAGAGUUCUCAAACGUCAUCGAGAAGGCGAAGGCAAAAGAUAUGGCCACCUUCAUCCAGACAAAGAAGGACAUGGGCUGCAGGGCGAGCCAGGUGCAGACCAUCGAGGAAGGAGCCAACCCACAGGGUGCAGAUAUCCAGCAGUUCUGGACCGUCCUCGGAGGACAGAGCGCUUACCAGCCGGCUGGUCCACCAGAGGACGACGAGCAAUUUGAGAAUGCCAUCGUGGAAACAAACUGCAUCUUCAGACUGCUGGACGACAAACUGGUUCCUGAUGAUGAAGAGUGGGGGAAGGUCCCUCGCAGCUCCCUGCUGGCAGCCAAGGAGGUGUUGGUGUUUGACUUCGGCAGUGAGGUGUAUGUGUGGCACGGUAAGGAGGUGACUCUGGCUCAGAGGAAAGUCGCCUUCCAGCUCGCCAAACACCUUUGGAACGGGACGUUUGACUACACCUGCUGCGACGUCAACCCGCUGGACCCCGGGGGCUGCAACGCACUCAUUCCCAGGAAGGGCCAGGGCCGUCCUGACUGGGCGGUAUUCGGCAGGCUGACCGAGCACAACGAGACCAUCUUGUUCAAGGAGAAGUUCGUGGACUGGACCGAGGCAAAGUCACCGACACCAAGGGAAGGCGGAGAGAUCGUACCUGAGCUGAAGGAGGCCCAGGGGCGAGAGUGCAGGCCUUACGACGCCACCCUGAUGCUUCCUGUCCUCGAGUCGUCCAUUUCCACCAUCUUGGACGGGACGAAUGUGGGGCGUGGCCACGGCCCGGUGGAGACGGAGGACCACAUGAGGAUUCAGGAGAUCACCACGGCCUCGGUAGACGUCUGGCACAUCCUGGAGUUCGACUACAGCCGCCUGCCACGCCAGAGCAUCGGCCAGUUCCACGAGGGGGACGCCUACGUGGUGAAGUGGAAGUACAUGGUCAACACCUCAGUUGGUCGUAGGCAGAACCCGGAGGUGAGGAGCAGCGGGCCGGGGAAGGAGCGGUGCUGCUACUUCUUCUGGCAGGGCCGACACUCCACCGUCAGCGAGAAAGGAACGUCGGCGCUGAUGACGGUGGAGCUGGACGAGGAGAGAGGAGCGCAGGUUCAGGUGCAGCAGGGGAAAGAGCCUCCAUGUUUCCUUCAGUGCUUCAACGGAGGGAUGAUCGUCCACGCUGGCAAGAGGGAGGAGGAGGAGGAGAACAAUCAGAGCGAGUGGCGUCUGUACUGCGUGCGCGGCGAGGUGCCGGUGGAGGGCCACCUGCUGGAGGUGGCGUGUCACUGCAGCAGCCUGCGCUCCAGGGCCUCCAUGAUCCUGCUCAACAUCAACAAGGCCAUCAUCUACCUGUGGCACGGCUGCAAGACGCAGCUGCACACCCGCAGCGUGGGGAGCACGGUCGCACACAAGAUCAAAGAACAGUGUCCUCUGGAGGCGGGGCUCCACAGCAGCAGUAACGUGACGAUCCAUGAGUGUGACGAGGGAGUGGAGCCUCCGGGCUUCUGGGAGGCUCUGGGGAGAAAAGACAGGAAGGCCUACGACUGCAUGCUACAAGACCCGGGUAAAUUCAACUUCACCCCGCGGCUUUUCCAGCUGAGCAGCACAUCUGGCGACUUUGUGGCGAAUGAGUUCUUCCACCCGUCCAGAGCUCCAGACCUGGUCAGCUCCCUGCCCUUCCUGCAGGAAGACCUUUACAACGCGCCACAACAACCUGCGUUGUUCCUGGUGGAUAACUUCCACGAGGUGUACCUGUGGCAGGGCUGGUGGCCUCAGGACAGCGAGAGCACCGGCUCGGCUCGAUUCCGCUGGGACGCCGACAGGAAGUGUGCCAUGGAGACGGUACUGCAGUACUGCAAAGAGAAGAACGACAAGAAGCCUCAGAAGUCGUACCUGAUCCACGCCGGUCUGGAGCCGCUCACCUUCACCAACAUGUUCCCCAGCUGGGAGCACAGAGAGGACGUGGCUGAGAUCACAGAGAGGGAGGCCGAGGUGUGUCACCAGAUCAUCCUGGUGGAGGACGUGUUGGCGAGGCUCUGUCAGAACACCUUCCCGCUGGCCCAGCUGCAGGCCCGGCCCCUCCCUGAGGGAGUGGACCCCCUCCGCCUGGAGAUCUACCUGUCCGACCAGGACUUUGAGAGCAACUUGUAGGUGGAUCAGAAAGCUUUGGAGAUGAAGAGAGAGGAAUAUGAAAGUUUACCAGGGUGGAAGCAAGUGAACCUAAAGAAGGCCAGAGGAUUGUUUUAAGCAAGUUUUUUUUAAAUUGAAGAUGGAAGCAGCGGAUAAAAACUGGCCUGUUGAGACGGGAGACACAGGAAAUGUCACAUUAACCUGUUUUGAUGGAAACACGCGAGGACAUUGGGAUGGAAAAGUACCAGGAAUCUGAAGAUGAGGAACACGGAGGAUGACACUCGCCUUGCUUAUAGUCAUGUUUCACCUUUAAACUUUGUCAUUACCUAACAAAAAAUACAAACGUUUUAAGAGAAGGUUGAAAAAACCACAACCUUGCUUCGGUUCAUACACGGUGUUUUGGAGUCCCCUCCAAAGUCAGGAUUUAAGAAUGGAAAUGUGCACAUAGUACGCUUGGUGUCAGAGUGCCAUGCUAUGUAUGUAUGUGUGUGUGCGGCUGUAUAUAAUGUUUGUGUGUAAUGUGUAUUUGUGUACAUGUGUGUAAAAACAAAUCCCGUCACGUCAGAUGUUGUGAGGGAAGUUUUCUUUUCUGUCCGGAUGCUGUCAGGCCACGUAGGAUCUCAUGUCGCUCCACUGUGUUAAAACUGCUGAGGCGUGACCUACCGAGAUGUAAGAGUUGUAAUUGUAAAGGUUUGACGAGGAAGAGAAACAGCAGCUCUGAAUGUAUAGUGCCUUGCUUUUUGUGUACAGUUUAUAUACAGAAAUUCUAGUCUGCAUUUUUAAAGACUUUCUUUGUGAUAUCAGACAUAGUGAAUUAAAUCACAAUAAUGCUCAACUCAAAAA